AUGCAGUCGUUUGCCACUGCAGUAGAGCUCCUCCAGGCGUUCCUAUCCUUCUACAGCUGCAGACGCUUCUCCCCCAGCCUUCUACAGCUCACAUCUACACAGUCCUUUACCCUGUUCAUCAACCUUGUUCUUAAUCUCCCUGUUCUCUGUUCCUUGUUUUCUCUGCACGUCACCUCUCUUUCUUUUAAUCUGUUCUUCAUCAUCCAAGUAAUCUGUCCUUCCUUCUUUGCCUAUUAUUAUUAUUAUUAUUUUCAUUUUACGCACAUAUUCUUUUCAUUUCCUCUUUCUGGUGGUUUUGAUUGGCAGAUAGUUGUGGUGGUGUUGGUGAUAGUGGACACAGUGGUAGUGGUGGCGGAGCUGAUACUGGACUUGGGACACCACCAUAACGAGAACUCCCUGGCCCCCCUCGUCCUCCACGCACUCUCACUCGUCCUUCUGUCCCUCUUUUUCAUAGAGGUCCUCCUCAAGAUUUACACCUUCAGACGGGAGUUCCUAACACAAAAGGCAGAGGUGCUGGACGCUGUGGUGGUGACUGUGGCGCUCUGCCUCGACAUAGUGUUUGUCCACCACCAGGCUGGCUAUGGCCUCAUUAUCAUCCUCAGACUCUGGCGCGUUGUCAGGAUACAGAAUGCGGUGAUAAUGCAGGUCCGGCUGAUGAGGGAGGAGCGGCGGCAUCGUGCGCUUGGCAAUCAACGCGGAACUACACCAAUAUCAUGAGCUUGUCAUUUUGAGAUACGCCACAAACUCUCCACCAAGUGUACAGAGAGUAUGUGUUUAGGUGAAUAUAUAAACUAUAUUGGGAGCAUUACAGGUAUAUAAAUUAUUUAAACCAUGUAAAUUAGGGUUUAUAUGGAAAUGUGAAUCUCAAUGUACAGUAAUUUACAGAACUAUAUUAUUAAUGCAUUUUCUAUUUUAGUUUACGGAAAUUAAACUUAGUGCGAAUUGAAACUAUUAUAUUAGUUACUUUUUAAGGUGUCAUGUAUUUUAGGUGAUAACGCAAAUCAUAGUUUUUGUGCUAAAUAAGUUAUGUAUUUAAUGGAAACAGUUGCUCCCCUUCUGAGCCAUAUGUGUUUGUAAUUCUGCUGGAAACUGAUCCACCUCACAUGCCUAAUCCUUCACGUUGUUCAAAACUGAUCUUUAUCUUUUAUCUCUUCUCUCCACUAUUGUAUUAUCACUGUAUAGUUCUAUUAAGUAACCUUAGCUUCUUUUACUGAUUAUCAUUAGUUUUUAUUGUCCCAUUCUCCUUAUUUUUUUGCUUGUGUAUCUUUGAACAGAUUUUCUUGCAUUUAUGUUUGUCAUCGUUAUUUAUCUCCUUGCAUGUCAUUCUUAUUUAUCAAUUCAAUUUUCAAUUUCAAUUGUUUAUUCCUUGAUAGAGAAAGCGGGAUCCU